UCGUUUUUUGUUUUCUCCAGUCACGAUUCUCGUUGAUGAAUUCUAGUGGCCAGCUGCUCGAAUACAAUAGAAAGUUUGAUGGCCACGCGUGUGUACGCAUAUAAGCGCAACCACGUUGCGUCCUCGCAAUCGUGUUUACUUAUUUUUUCCCCGCAACAUCCCCGCCUAUACCUCGACGUGCCUUCUCCUCACGCUGUGCGCGAGCCCUGUCACCCCUUGUGUGCAUUUUUCCACCAAUCUAACUUUACUUUAACUGCUGUCCUUCCUUUACACGCAUCCUUUUCAUUCUUGAUAUAAGGCUCAAGCCUGCUGCGACAUCCUUGAAGUACUGUCAACGUGUCAUGUCCUACUGCUCGUAUCAGUUUUCCCUAUCCCUUCUUGCAUUUCUACCACUCGUCUCAGCUCAUGGAUAUGUCGCCCAAGUUGCAAUCGAUGGCACUGACUACUAUGGGAAUGUCCCCAAUGCCGACCCCGUUCCCAGCAUCGUCAGACAGAUCAAUGAUGUCGCACCCGUGAAGGGCGCUAGCAACCCAUAUCUCAAUUGCGGACAAGAUGCUCAACUCGCAUCACUUGUCGCCAACGCUAACCCAUCCAGUCAGUUCCAAUUUUGGUGGAAGGGUGGUGAUGGCAGCAAUUGGCCCCAUAAUAUCGGUCCCAUCAUGACUUACAUGGCCCAGUGUGUCAACACGACGUGCGAUCAGUAUAAUUCAACGAACGCAGAAUGGUUCAAGAUCGAGGAGACGGGGCUGCAACCAGGCAACAUGGUUUGGUAUCAGCAAAAUAUCAUGAAUGGUGGGCCAGCGAACGUAACCCUUCCUCCAACACUGGCUCCUGGGCAAUACCUCAUACGACAUGAGAUCAUCGCGCUGCAUCUCGCAAAUGAGAUGGGCGGCGCCGAGUUCUACCCCAGCUGUACGCAGGUUAAUAUUCAGGGUGACCAAUCGGGCGUCGCCCCAGCGAGUGAUGAAGUCACUUUUCCAGGCGGGUACAGCGACGACGAUCCAGGAAUUUACGACCCAACGGUUUUUGACACGCCCGUGCAGUACACGUUUCCUGGGCCUCCAGUCGUCUCGUUCGCUGCACCGGUGUCAAAUACUUCAUCACCGACGUCUUCCAAUUCCAGCUCAACUACUACGAGUACACCUGUGCCCUCUUCAACUGCAUCGAGCAGUGGGGGCGGAGCGCAGUGCCAAGUAAGCACGGCGCAAGCUGCUUUUGCUGUCUAUCCACGUCAGCCACGAAGCGUGUCGAGAGUAAUGAGACGUUGGUGGGAGAGUUUGACCAGCUCGUCGUGAAUAGCCUCUGUCUCAUUGAUCAGAGGGCAAUUAUGGUUGUCGUGAUAUUCAGAUCUGGAGAGACGGGUAUAUUUGAGAGUUUGCGGGUUUUCGUAUUUGCUGUUCAUCACUGUUCUGUAGUCCACUUAGCGUACCAGGUUAAACUGGUUGUAGAUCAUAUUAGAUUAUGUAGUCACUAGUACCACCAUAGGUACGAUUAUAUAGAUAAAACUUUGAACUGAAGUUUGGCAACUUGACACCUGUACACAGAAUCUAGAAGCUUUAGUAUUCACCCGUACCGAAGUCAUCACACUCCGAGUCGCGCAUGUUUGAUGCCAGACUGGUUGCUUACUAGCAAUGGUAAUGGCUGACAGUAUGCUAUUUAAGUAG